AUGGAGGUGACGGCGUCGGCAUCGCCGUCCGGUGGAAAAAAUGAUCAGAACUUGAAGGACGUCAGCGACGGCAGCGGCAGCAAAGGGUUCAUGCUGUUUGGUGUAAGAGUCAUGGAAGGAUCGUUUAGGAAGAGUGCUAGUAUGAAUAACCUGGCUCAGUAUGAGCAACCCCAGGAGUCCAACAAUGAUGUGGCCGCCGGCUAUGCUUCUGACGAUAUUGUCCACCCUUCUGGCCGGAGUCAUGAUCGGAAAAGAGGAGUACCAUGGACUGAGGAGGAACACAGGUUAUUUCUGAUAGGGUUGCAGAAAGUAGGGAAAGGAGAUUGGAGAGGGAUUUCAAGAAACUUUGUGAAGACACGUACGCCCACACAGGUUGCAAGCCAUGCUCAAAAGUACUUUCUCCGCCGGAAUAACCAUAGCCGCCGGCGCCGGAGAUCUAGUCUCUUUGAUAUUACCACUGAUACGGUUUUGGGUUCGAAAAUUGAAGAACAAAGGCAUCAAGAAAAUUCAUACCACCCAACAACAAUAGCACAACAAAAUCUAAGCAAAAAUAAUGAUAAAUUCCCCAUGCCAGCUUUUCUUGUACCAAUGACGAGAGAAAAUUCAACGGAGAAUCUCACACUAGUAAUGAAACAUUCAACCAAUCUCAUCCGUUCAAUUCCAAAUCUUCCACCUGCCCCAUCUUCAAAAAUGGCUAAUUUAGAUCUAAACAAGACCACCACGAUCCCUACACCUGAGCCUCUCCCUUUAACACUUAAGCUAUCCAUAUCACCACCUCCGCCACCACCACUUCCACGACCGCCACCCAACAAUUAUCCAUCUCCGGCGAGACACUUGUCGGGUUUCCAGACAAUGCAAGCUAGCUUUACUAGCAGUAGUGGAGAUAGCAUGGUUAGUGUUUCUUGA